ACAACUUCUCUUCCGCCUUCGUCUCUUGCUCGUACACGGGCAGGGAGGCUUCCUGAAUUAGCGCAGGUAGCGCAGAGAACCGGUCGGGCUUGGAAAGGGCCACUUCUUCUUUCAGUGUUUUGCAGAGAUGAGGCAGUGUUAAGCAUUUCCCCCCGGCACACGCUGCUCUGGGUCUCUGCGAGUGAUGCCUGCGCCCAGCCUUGGCCGGCAGCCCUCUUCAAGCCAGGAUCAAAUGGCUCCAAUCCGGGCCACUCUGCUGCUGCUGUUUUCGAGCCUGCUCCAGGCCUCUGCUUACAAGCUGCCAGCCAUCCAGCUCAGUGGCCAAGAUGAUACAGUUCGCGAGAGCGCGGCAGCAGGCGGGCUUCCUUCAGCUGAGGGCUCUCAGCGGGGCCAGUGGGUGUGGGACACAGCAGGGGCUGGGAGCACUGACUUCCCUGUGUUGAACCGUGAGAAGAGGGAAGCUGAGGUGAAGUCAUCCAAUCAUUCCGCUGAAGAGACCACCACCACCACCAGCCACCACAACACAUUCUCCAUGACUCCUUCAGAGUAUCCCAUGGAAGAACCCGAGUCCACUCCAAAUCCUGAUCUGCUAGAGGAAAGUACGUCCCCAUAUGAUGAUGCUACCGCUACAGCAGAGCCAUUGCCUGAUGACAGCGCUGACAACAUCUCCACAGAAGUGGCCAAAGUUACAGCGGGCAGCCAUCUUGAUACCCCAGCCAAGGCGGCCCCAACUCAGGGCUGCAGCAAUGUCUCCUCAGAAGCGGCAGUCGCUGGGACAGAAGAAAUCCUCGUGAGCAGCACAGAGAGCAUGGAACAUGUCUCCUCUGUCGGGCCAAUGGGAGUGAAGGGGCAGGGGGAGAACUCACCUACUUCGCCACCUGAAUCUCAGAUGGAGUCCUCUGACGGAGUCCUGCUUGUGAAGGAGUUGGCCAGUUGGAGGCCUGGCCUCUCUGUGGUGGGAAAGACGCAUUCUCCUCACGCGAGGCCCACAGCGGGUGGCUCUGUCACAGCGAAAGUCCCCUUGCAGCAGCUGCCCAUUCACACAAAUAUUCUGGUAGGGAAGUGUUUGCUGGCCAUCUUCAUCCUAGCUCUUGUGGCUGCCACCUUCAUCGUCUUCACCGCCGUCCUCGGCACCCUGCUAUGGCGCCAGAAGCGUGUCUGCCGGGUGCGCCGGCACAACAACACUGAGAUGGUGUGUAUCUCAGCCCUGCUGCCCGACGGCGAGCCGGUGGCCAAUGGGGAGAAGCCCAGCAAGGUAAAGAGGAUGAAGAUGCCCACGGACAACAGCUCGGAGAAUGAAGGAGACAACCUGACUGUGAGCAGCUUCCUGCCGGACCAUUAGACAAGUCGCCACCUGCCCAGGGGUUCUCCGAGUCUCAUUUCCUGGGCCAUCCAGCCCCCUCCUGGCACUGGAGUGACCCUAUCCAUCCCGACAUCUCUUGGGUGUAGUGUCCUAGGUGGCCAUCUAACUAGGCUUAAGGUUGCCUCAGUCUGUGUUACGUAAGUACGGGACGUGCUGUAUUUAGCCACGGCAGGGCCCAGCCCUGAGAGCCGCUGAGCAACCUCAACCCCAAAAGACACCUGGCAUCCGGCAAGAGAGAGCCUCCAGCGAAGAGCAUUUGCCAGGCGCAGACACUGCUGAGCAUAUGGAAUGGGGGUCCUGGUGACCCUGGUUAGUUCUUCCACCUGGCUUGGGGAUUUUGAAACUGCUGUUCUGUCCUCUUGACCUUCACCUGCCUGCUGCUUUUGAUGCUAUACGCAAGGGGCCAGAUCGUUAGCUGGCGUGAAUCAGACAGCUCCUGGGAAGCUGAUGGAGUUACCCCAGCUGAGGAACUGGCCCAGGCAGUGUUACAACUGGGACGCUCCUUUAAUUUAUACUAAUGUACAAGGGGCAUGUUACUAUUUUGCACUUAAAUGGGUGAAGGAAUCUCAGUUUAAUGUUCCUUGUUCAAAUGAAUAACAUAAAAAUC